AUGGCAAGUGACUUUAGCCGGCAUCAUCCGUUUUACUAUUACGGCCAGGACUCGACGAUGGCCCAGUGUUCUAAUGGUGGUACUGCUGGUGGUGGUGUGAAGGGAAUUAAGAUGGAACAGCACGAGGGAACGACUGCUCUCACGGAAUCGUACAGUGAUGGCGCGAUGUACGGAUUUGCACAACCGACAAACGGAUUGGUCGGUCAGCAAGCAGUCACUUCGAUCGCUCCGAAUGUGGUGAUGUUACCUGGCUUCAUGGAUAACUAUCCCGACAGCUGGAUGACACCCAGUCCGUCCAGUUUUGGGUCCGAAAGCCCGGAUUACUACUCACUGGCCAAUUCGCCCCAGCGUAGCUUCAUCGAUGUGGAAGAGUAUAAGGAGAAUCUGCUCGGUAUGCGUCCUUCUCAGCAGCAGCAACAUCAUCAUCAGCAGCAACAGCAGCAGCACCAGUGCCUCCAGAGCCAUAUGUCCUUAUCGACGACACUUCCACUGUCACCUCCACUUGUUGCUCAACCACAUCAGCCACAGCAACACCACCAGCAAGUGCUGGCGGGCAGCCGAACGAUGGGAGAGCUACAAUCGAUCUCAGUACAAUCGAGCACCACAGCGACCAGUACUCCGGUGACAAGCCUUCCGGUGAAAAAGCGUCAAUACAAUCGCAAACCGAAGCCCAAACCGGAACAACCGCUGAUCAACGCGAUCGAAACCAACGCUACCUCCACGCUGGAACUGUCCUGUUUGACGUCCUUCACCAAGACGGGCCAAGGGAAACCGGCCAUCGCUUCCACCACCACCACCACUCCUUCGCCAGCAGCUCCAGUCACGGGAAAGCGGAAACGUAAACUGGUGCCACCGCAGAUCAAGAAGAAACGUCGGCUGGCGGCGAAUGCCCGGGAGCGUAAACGAAUGCAGAGCCUGAACGAUGCGUUCGAUCGAUUGCGUCAGUAUCUGCCCUCGCUCGGUAACGAUCGGCAGCUUUCGAAGCAUGAAACGUUGCAGAUGGCACAGACCUACAUCACGGCACUGGCGGAACUGUUGCAGUAG